AUGGAACUAGAUGAAGAUAAUGACGAUCAAGAUAGAGACUACGAAGAUAAUCCAACACUCAACUAUAACGACGAUGAAAGUUGCCACGUUUCUAGGAUUGAGGACGGCGAGUGGACUCAACCAAGCGACACGUUCUCCGUCCUACUUAUUGUCGGCGGUGAUGUGAUCCAACUCACGCUGGCAAACCUGACCGGCGUCAUGGUCACGCCUAUCACAUUCUCCUUCGGGUGGGUCGCAUACGCCAUCACGGCAACUCUCGGCGCGAUGUCCGACAAUCGACACAUAAGCUGCAGGCCGGAGGUCCCUGUCAAAGUCUUGAACCUGGAGACUAGCUAA